AUUUAUAUGAACAUGGAAGAAGAACAGCCAUCAAGCUUGUGUGGCAUCAACGAUUCCAGUUAUCUUUACUAUGGAAGCGUAUUUGCAAGUAUUGCCAACCAGUCCAGACAAACUGAGUUCGAUAAGUAUCCCCACAUAAGGGACGAACAGCAAGAUCUAAAUAAUUUAUAUGAGCAUAAUAUGUUUCAAGAAUCAGGAUCCCUGUCCAACUCAUAUGCUAGGCAAGAGGAAAUCUCUUAUUUGGAUUCUUUGAUAAAUAUUCAAAUAAAGGAAGAAAAGAAAGAUGUAGAUGCUGCUUCUAACUUUCCAAAUACUUUAUCAGCAAAUGAAGCAUCUUUCGAAGUUCGAGAUCCAAGCCAGUCAUCAGCAGUGACUAGGCUUAAUAAAACCAAUCCAAUAACUCCAAGCAUCAGCCAUAUUUUAGAAAGUGAUGAUUCUCACAGAUUUACUCGACUUAACAUUGCAAACUCUGAAUCUCAGAGUCAACCGGAAGGAAAUCAACUUGAAAAUAUUUCACAAGAUAAUAUGAAUCUUAUCCAAGCUUUUGAAAAGCCAAAUAUUCCCUUGCAUGGGCACAAAGGUCAUGGCAGGACUGACAUCAUCUACAAACCCUUACUUAGACGACUCAGAAGAUAUUUCAAAGAUAUUUUCAAGAACAGGAACCCAGAUAUAGUCAAAAAGAGGUACAGCAGAUGCUCUAUCGAGUAUCUUUAUGAGAAGAUGCAGCAUACACUAGAAGACCAAAUUCCACUAGAGAAUAUUACUCAUGAUCUAGUUUACUAUGCAAUCGGAAUCAUUGGAGCAAAGAGUGCAUUGAGUUUACCUUGCUCAAGAUCAACAAAGAAAGAAAUCAAAGAUCUACAGUCAUGAAAUUUGAGGUUUUCAGGCAAGAGGUUCGAAAUAGCACUAGAAUCAGAAAACUUAAGAACUCUUUGCUGGUACUUUAUCAAGACUGUGGAUGGUCCAGAUUUCCAUCUUCUCAAGCAACACUUGGGGUACAGAGAUCCCUAAAGGAUAUUAAUGCAUCGUACAAAGAGUGAUGAGUUGCUUGAUAGAAUAACUUUGUGAUAGCCUUCCCAGCACUCUUAAGACUUCUAAUUACUCCUAAAAAUUACACUAAGUAUUUAUUUAGUUUAGAAGCUUGGAGCAUUUUAAUAGAAAUAUGGGCUUACUCCAAGUUUUACUAGAAAAUGGUUCACCAUCUUAAGAAUAUUCUGGCAAAUUUUAUGAAUAAGAGUGUCUUAGAGUAAGCAAACUAGCUCACUGCUUUGGACUCAUUUAGUAUCCUAUUGGGAUGUGUGUUCUACGAUUUUGCUUGAAGAAUGCUCGAUCUAAAAUCCAAGAUUUUCCCAUUCUUGCCAAAUUAAACCUUAAAUAUAAAAAAAAUUAAGUUGAAAUUAAGUAAAAAGUUCUUGUUUAAACUAAUUUAAGUAUUAAUACCUCGAACUUUAUUCUAAGAGCUAAAAAAGACUUAAUUGCAAGUUAUAUUGUAUUCAGGGAAUGUAUCCCUCAAUGAAAUAAUGAUUUUACCAACAGAUAAGAGCACAGUUGCACAUCCAUUAAGCCCAACUUUUUAUUAAAAUAAGUAAAUGUAUUCUAUACUUUUAAAGUUGCCUAAUCAAAUCUUAGAGUUUGGGAAUUUGGCUUAAAGAUAAUUGAUAUUUCAACACAUCUCAAGAUUUCCUUACUUAUUUAAUU